CUGUUUGAAUAACCUCGGAAGUCCGUUGGCUGAUGCGAUGCACUAACACACAGAAUGCCAAUUGCAGCGUUAAAUUUAGCCAAAAAUGUCAUCGCUGGAGCCACCGAAGCGACCCACAUUGCAUUUAGCUGCGGACGUUCCUGGAACUGGAACUGGGUCGGGAACUGGAGCUGGAGCUGGAGCUGAGAUCAUGUCGCCAGCUACGACUCCUUCGGCGAGCUUCCUGCCGGAUAUGCCGCAAUGGAAGAAGGACUUGAUACAGCGCCGCAAAACGAAUGUGGCUCGAACCAAUGCCGCCGCCAGCUCACCCACCUCAGCGGUGCCAACAGCUGAUGGCAGUUGUGCGGCUUUCACUGAACCCGCAGAUUCAGGUGCAACUGACGGCAGCCCAGCCGCAGCGUCAGCCGCAACACCAACGACAACAACAACAACAACAAUAACUAGUCAGCAGCAGCAGCAGCAUGUGAAACGAAAUGUAAGCCAAACAUACCAGCAAGCAGCAGCAUUUAAGACUUCACCAACAACAGAGGAAAAGUCUGAGAAAUGUUUUAUUGGAAGUGGAGGUCAUCAGACGCUUCCAGCAGAAACAGCAGCUACAGCAGCAACAGCAGCAGCAGCAGCCCAAAGUACACAAGGCAAAGACUUAGCCACGGCCUUUUCAGCCGAAACGGCAGCAUCAGCAUCAGCAUCAGCAUCAACAGCAGCAGCAGCACCACCACCAAUACCAAAGCAGCGAUCAAGUUUAUUCAACACAAGAAGUCAAUCAACUGGCAAGGAGCAAGAAGAGAUUCUAAAUUUGGAUGCCAGAGAGCGCGAAAGAGAGCGCGAGCGAGCGUGCGGAGAGCGUGACGUUGAGGUGAAUAGCGCUGCCGUUGGCAUGGCAUAUGCGAGCGGGCGCUCUGGUGAAGUUGAAACUGGCACAGCGACAACUGGAGCAUUAACAGCAAAAGGCAGCAACAAUAACGGCAGCGGCGGCAGCGGCGGUGGCGGCGGCAGCGGCAGCGGCAGCGCAAAUGUGAAACAAACGACAGCAACAACGGCGACUUCGUCGUCGUCAGCAAAUCAGUUGCAAACGAAAUGCAAACCAGGCCAGAGCGUUGCUGAAGCAGCGCUACAUAAUUUUAGCAACACUACGCCAAUUAUAAUUGAUAAAAAUUGUAAAACGAAAAUAUCCGAUAAAUUGCAGAGCAACAAGUUCAUUAAAAAUCAACAGCAGCAACAGCAACAACAACAGCAACAGCAACAGCAAUACCAGCAAUUGGAACGCCAAACGGCCGCAUCGCCCACAAAAGUAGCGGUAAAAACGACAAUGGUCGCCAUGCAAGAAAUGAAAAAGACAACCACACAAAAUGGCCAACAGCGUCAUCAUCAUCAUCAUCAUCAUCAACAUCAUCAUCAUCACCAUCAGCAGCAGCAACAACAGCUGCAUUUAAAGAGCGCCGACGCCGACCUGGACGUCGGCGUUAGUGCGCUGCCAACGCUCUUGGAUACCGUCGAUCAAACUGAGGAGUUCAGCUAUGGACCCGGCAUUGUGUCCAAGCUGCGCUGCCGCUAUCUAAAUCUCGCCCUGCGCUGCGAGUCACGCCAACAGAGCCAAAAGCAGCGACUGCAGCGCUCCACCAGCCUCAAUACGCUGCUCGAUCGCAACGACGACGACGCCGAGGAUGAUCAGCAUCAUCAUCAUCAUCAUCAUGCGCAGCAACAGCAAGUAAACAGCGACGCAGGCGCAGUCAAUGCUGCAGUCAAUGUGAAUGUAACGCGCAGCGCUGCAGCGCCCCCCAUACUAAGCGCCAAGCCAGCGAGCAGCAGCGGUUACAUUAAAAGCGUGAAUGUCUUGCAUCAACAGCAGCAGCUACGCCAGCAGCAACACCAGCAGCAACAGCAGCAGCAGCAGCGGGCGACGCAGGAGCAACAGUCAGUGCAGUCGCCGACGGCGACGGCGACGUCGCCGCUUAACGGUAACGGGCUGCGUUCGCGUCACUUUAAGCGCGGCAACGAAGUAAUGAAACGCGCUCGCUCUGUCGAAGCGCUGCUCUGCGAGAAGUCGCCUUGGAAUACGCAGCGCGCCAGUUAUCAGGCAUCGGCUGUGGUUAACAGCAGCGCUAUGUCGGCUGCUAUCACUGGAUCAGGCGGCGCUGCAGCUGGCGUUGGAGUUGGAGCUACCAUCACUGCCCCCGGCACGCCCACCUGCGUCAGCAUCGAGGAUAAGAUUCACAAUGCACGCGAGCGACUGCACAGCGGCACCGACGCCACGCCGCCUAAGCGUCUGACCUCCAUCAUCGAUGACACGGAACGUCCGCCUCCGGACCUCGUCAAGCAGACCCUCAAGAUGUUCGAGGCGAGCGCCAACCGACGACCUCGCGCCACCCAGCGCAGCAACGGCGUCGGCGGCGUUGCCAGCAAAGUGGCCAACUACAAGUCGAUCAUCAAGGAGCAGAAGCCACCAAGCAACAGCACCCUCGGCGGCAUCAAGCGGGAUGGCGUCGCCACCGCGAGCGCAACACCGUCGACUGGAGCUGGUUUCGCUGCGUCGACGCCUAAGCAGCGCGUCGCCAGUGCCGUCGUUCCAGACAUCAUACCCAGGCAGCUGGAAACCUACGAUUCGCCUGUGACGAACAUAAGCAAAAUGCUGGAACGCAUACACUUGGAAAGCUCAUCAGCGACGACGGCGGCGUCGGCGGGAACGGCAGCGCAGCCAGAGUCCGGCGUUGGGGUGGUUGCGGGCGGCAGCAAUCAGCGCUUAGUCAGCGAUCAGCAGCGCACGCAGGCGGCAACUGACGAGCCCGACGACGAUGACGACGACGGCGGCAGCAAAGACGAAGCGAACGACGAGGGCAACGAAAAUGACGUCGACAACGGCAACGGCAACGGGGACGGCGAAGUAGCAGCAACAGCUGAGGCUGAAAUUGACGGCGACGAUGUUUGCAAUGGCGAUAAGUUAACAGCAGCGGCGUCGACGGCAGCGCAGCAGCUGGAUGAAGCAGGAGGCGUUGGCGUUGGCGGCAGCGCCCAGCGUUCAUUUGCUGUCGCCUUGCAAGAGAACGCACACGCUUCCAGCCCGAGUUCCAGUAGUCGAAAGCUUCCGCAACGUAGAAGCGAUAACAGUGAAUCCACAACAGCUGCAGCGGCAGCAGCAGCAGCAACAGCAACAACAACAACGAAGCAAAUUGGUGUCAUCAGGCCGCUGCUGAAUAAUUCGAGCAGCAGUUCCGGAUGCGGUACGCCGCUAACCAGUCGCGAGAUUGAGAAGAAUCGCAUUAAUGAGAUGAAAAAGUCAACAGCAUUGGCUGCAGAUGCAGCUGCCGCCGCCGCCGCAGCAGCAGCGGCAACUAGUCUGGAUACCGUGAUAAAUACAAACACCAAGGAUGGCUGCGAAACGGACGCAGCGAGCAGCGGCAUUUCGCCCAUUUGGCCGUUGCGCAAGCGCCGUCAGCCGACAGGUGGCGCCAAUGGAAGCAGCGGCGUAGGCAGCAGCUCCCAUGCGGACAACAACACCUCCAUGGUGUUUAACUUUUCGAAAAGCACCAAGGAGGUGCCAGAUUAUAUUGAAAGCGAUGUUGUGAUCUACAGACGUAAACGGGAAUUGCCAAAGCCAAAUGAACCGGGCUUCGUGUUAUUGGGCGACCUUUCGGUGGAGACAUCGACAGACACGGACUACGAUGAUUACUCCAUGUGCCCGCCGUCGCCCUGCGAUGUGGAGUUCGAGAAUGCGAAUAUUGUGAUCGACGGCAAGUCCAGCAUACGACAGAAACCCAAAGAUUCAUCGUUCCGCGUACAAUUUAACGAUACGUUAACUUCAACGUUUGAAUAUCCCUCCGAGGCAUCACAAACCGUUGACGAUCAGCCGUAUGCCGAUCCCUACGGUAAUGUGACCAAGCAUCAUCAGCUGUUCUAUGAGGAGCAUCUACGCAUGCAGCAUCAGCAACAACAGCAGCAGCAGCAGCAACAACAGCAGCAACAGCAUCAUCAUGUAACAGUUGAUGAGAUAAUUGAGCUUCCGACAGCAUCAACAACAUCCUCGACGUCGCAUAAAACGUCGGCGACCAGCGCAAUGCUGGGGAAUUUACCAUUAGGCUCUACAGCUUUGGGCUUUUACACCCCCGUCAAGGCGUCGCCCAUGGACAGCUUGUUCCAACUGGGCGUGACCCGCUCCCCCAGCGCUGUCGCCACAAACGGUGGCAGCAACAACAGCAGCAACUUCAAUGGCAACGGCAGCAUUGUGGGCAUUAGCGAGGGGCUGCUCAAGGAUGGUGAAAACGGCGAGAGCGGAGUCAAGGAUGCCAAGGAUGCGGCUGGAACAGAUGACGAUGUCGAUGACUUUCUAACAGCGGGCGGCAUUGUCUAUAGCGAAGGCACUCAGAAAACUGAUUUAUUGUACUGAAACUCCGAAGCGAACUGAAGCGUGUCCCCCCACACUCCGUUUCGGUCCUGAUCCUGAAAAAAAAAUUUGAGAAAAA